ACUAAGUUAUGGCUAAUUGUGUUAUGAAUUGGAAAUGGACGUAAUAAUAUUACUCAAUUUACCGUAAUACAAUCCAGUAAUUUUCCUGUAAUGGCGGGGUUUAAUUCCUCAAUUAGCGACGGAAACUGACCAAAAUUAUUUCCCUCCCUCUUUUCCCCCCUUUCCUUUUCCUUUCUUUAAAAAAUAAAAUUUAACAUAUCGGCCAAAAAUCAGCCGGAAAAGACCAUUACUGAUUUUCUUUUCUUUUUGGCUACUAGUCCCAGCAACCAAACACUCAUCUUUCUUGCUCAGCGAGAAAAUUUUCAGCUCACAGAUUCACAAUCCAACUCUACCACUCACUGCCCUCAAUUGGGUUUUCCCAAAGAAGCUCGAAAGCUGCAGUCUUGCUAGAUAAUAUUUAAUAGAUUUCUCUCUUAUCUUCCUGCUCAGAGCUCAACUCUGUCGUCAAAAGAAUUUCUUUCUCCUUCUCUUUCCCGUUACCCAACCUCAAGCAUCGAUUUCCCCAAAAUAAUUUCCCCUUUCUUCUUCCCAUAUUACUUCCCCGAAUCCCCGGUCUAUGUUCUUGCUUAGAUUUCACACAUGCCGGAGAAAUCGGGAGUGAGCUCUCCGAGGUCCUCCACCAAGGCUCUCGCGUGGCUUUUCCGGCCCAGCCCUCUGCAUCAAUGGCGGUUCCACUUCCUCACCGCUCUGGUUUUCGUGAGCAUGGUGGUUGUUUGGAGUAUUGACGGGUGUACCAUCAAGAGCUUCGUCGAAUCUUUGAGGCCCAACAAGCCGCAGCAGCUCCUCACCGCCGCGAAGUUCCAUCCUCCCAAACCCACCGCAAAUCUAGCUCAAGAAAAUCCCCACCGGGAAAAUUUCACCGCCGGCGCCGAUUUCGUGCUCCGCAACGAAACCGCCAUUUUCGCCUCCUCCGAUGUUCCUGUGAGUCCUCUCCUCAGCAGCAAUGGCUCCGCCGGGAGCUUGCCGGGAGACGGAAUGUUGCAGAUGCCGGCAGGGGGGGAAGAAGAGUCGAGCGGCGGCGAUGCGGAGUGGGUGUCGGCGGAGCUCGAGCCUAAUCUCACCUCCGGCCUUCUCUCCCGGUGGUUGGCUCCCGGCGGGGAGGCAUGUAGGGAUUCACGGACGGACGAAAUUGCGAUUCCCGAUCUGGACGGGAGAAAGGGGGUUCUGGAGCUUACUGCCGGAGAUUCACACGAGUUCGCUUUCCAGGCGGUGGACGAGUCCAAGAACCCUCGCUGCUCCGGCGGCGAUUACUUCGAGUCGGAUCUUUCAGGUGAGUCGUGGAAGUCUAGGCCUCUAGUCAAAGAUUUCGGGAACGGGAAUUACUCAAUUACCCUCCAAGUUCACCCCGAUUUCGCCGGAGAUUACGACCUCACUCUCAUCCUCCUCUACCGCCAUUUCGAGGGUCUCAAAUACUCGCCGGGGAGAUUCACCAUCGACAAAGAGCUCCGCAAGUUCCGAAUCAGAUUCACCACCACAGGUAACAUCCAAUUACCGCAGUUAAGAGCUUGCUCGAAAUCGGAUUUCAGUAGAGAUUUAUGGGUUGGGAGAUGGACUAGGCACGGUAGAAACGACGAUUGCAAGAUUAGUUACGACGGCCGGUACCGUUGUCUACCGGCCAAUUUCCCCUGCCGGAAUCCAUGGUGUAACGGUUCGUUAGGGGAGUUAGAAAGCAACGGCUGGGUUUACUCCACACACUGCUCGUUCAACCUCUUCCAGCCCGCUUCGGGCUGGAAUUGCCUCAAGAACAGGUGGAUUUUCUUCUGGGGAGAUUCCAAUCAUGUAGACACAAUCAGAAACUUGCUGAAUUUUGUGCUGAAUCUGCCCAAUGUGAAAUCCGUCCCGCGGAGAUUCGAUUGGAACUUCACCAAUCCUAACGACGCGUCUCAAUCAGUUCGUAUCACCAGCAUUUUCAACGGGCAUUGGAACGAGACACAGAACUACCAAGGUCUGAAUUCGUUGCGAAAUGAUGGAUUCAGGAACCUGCUGAAGAAGUACUUCACCGAAGAAACCGUGCCAGACACCAUCAUCAUGAACUCUGGGCUCCACGACGGGAUAUACUGGCCGAACCUGAGGAAAUUCGCCAUUGGAGCUGAUUAUGCGGCUGGAUUCUGGGCCGAGGUUAUGGAGUCGGUGAGGCAGCGAGGGCUGGUUGCUCCACGGGUCAUUUACAGGUCGACAGUCACCACAGCUGGGGACGCGAGGAAGAUGGCGUUCAAUCCGAGCAAGAUGGAGGCGUUCAACUGGGUGGUGUUGGAUAAGUUUCGCAGAGCCGGGUUGAUCGAUGGUGUGGUUGACAACUUCGACAUGACUUUCCCCUGGCAUUUUGACAACCGGUGUAGCGAUGGAGUGCACUACGGGAGGGCUCCGUUGAGGAUGAAGUGGAAGGACGGCGAGAUUGGGCACCAGUACUUUGUGGACAUCAUGUUGGCUCAUGUUCUGCUCAAUGUGCUGUGUGCGAGAUGAGAAAUGGACAUGGUGAACAGAAGUGGUACAUAAGUAUGUUCAAAACCGAAUGUAUUCUGCAGGUUUUCUGCAGGUCCUUGUUAGGAGGAGGUAUUCUUUUUGUUGGUUGGUUGAUGUUAGAGUUUCAGAACUCUGUGUGCAUUCUUUUUCCUCUUGUUCAUAGCUUGUAAUAUAUGAUACACGAUGGGUAGAAGAGUGAUUUACACUUGUAGAUUACAAGCCGGUGAUUCGAACUAAAGAAGAGACACCAGUUGGAUUAUGUACAAGCAGCAGCAGCAUGGGUGUUUCAAAUUGCAAAGUAUGAGGUUGUUUCAUGUCUCUCUGUUUAAGGUAAGUAAUGAAGCGAGAAAGCAUUGGAUUCUGCUUUCGUUUUGGACGAUUGCAGUUAUAGUUGUUGAGUAGUGGAUGAUCCUUUUUUGCAUCUCUUUUCCCUUUCUGGGUUGAAUGCGGAAGGUGGGAGUGAUCACUAACGACGAUUACUAUAUAUAUAUAUUUUAUGAGAAUCUGUGGGCUUCUCAUUCAUUCACUAAAAGGUCCGGAAUCCAAACUGCCCAUAUCGGCCUCCAUAAAACAAAGAAGUGACAAUGGG